UCAAAAGUCCUGAAGGAGUUUUUCCAAGGAACUAAUUCGCCAAGCACUGGAACAUUCUAGGCCAGAUCUCUCUCUCUCUCCCUCGCUGUCUCUGGUGACAUAGUCCUGAAAGGGACCAUGGUGAUGACCACUAAUGCUACAUGAUCCCGGGGGACUUACACCUGCAGCCCGAGCCGGCUAAAGGACACGCAGCGAUGUCCUAUUUCCCUCCAUGGAUCUCGUUACUUUGACUCGGGCUUUGCAGGGAUGUCCAAAAGGAUUCCUCUUGGCUUUAUCGGCAAACGUCAGCCUCCUGCCGGGUCACUGAGGUCUCCAACGACUGCCAUCUACAUAUAAAGUUCAGCCUGCUAAAGAGUUGGAAUGGAAUCCCAGAUGGCAGAAGAUACAACAUCCAGUCCCAAUCUAAACAUCCCCCUCAAGAGGGCCAAAGUCACCAAAGAUCAGGAUGUCCCAGACCAGGGGGCUCUAACGCAGGAGCCCAUGGCGCCAGUUUUCAUCCGGAAACUCCGCAAGGCAGCAGUGGGAACAGGCUGUGACAUCCGCCUGAGGGUGUCAGUGGUGGGUUUUCCCAGACCGUCUCUCGCCUGGUACCACAACGACACAUUCCUGCCUCCCUCGGAAGCCCAGGACUCAGGAGGGCUGUGGAUACGCGACUGCCGUACGCGGGACGCAGGCUUGUACACCUGCGUGGCUGCCAAUGAGCUGGGGAAGGCAAGCUGCAGUGCCAUCCUUGCCAUAAUGGACCUUGGAGAAGACUCUGAGAACACAGAAGAUGAGACGACAGAGCCCCAGAUGGAACCCAAAGGAGGGGCAGGGAGGCACCAGGAAAAGGGCGCCCGGAGAGGACCUUCAGGAGAGGGGGAUCGGAUGAUGGACUAUAACCCCGAUGCUUCCGAUCGCCGGUCCACACUUCCAGGCUCCUAUGAUCCAAUCGUAGAACGGGAGCUAAGGGCGCUGGGCUCUCGUCCACCGGGGCCAAACAUGGACCCCACGAACCCAUCCAGGACUGAAAAUCAUGAAGACUCAUAUGGGAGGCUCUCCCAUGUGGCCCCACGCUCCCCUCAGCCACCUCCCCUCACACACACAAACCACACCAAAGCCCCAAAUCAUGACCAGGAUAAACCCAGACCUCCAGAUGAGACAGAGCAGGCGUCUGGCGGUAACAAUAUUGUGCCGCCCAACUUGGCUCGUGCAGGACCCAAGAUCUCCGACAAGGUCCGGGCUUUUGAGGAGCGAAGGUUGAGUGUGGAUCUGCCGGACCUCGUUGGAUCGAUUUCAGGGUUGGAUUGCAGAGAGAAGGGCAAGGACGCCUCACAAAAACGGACAGCCUUCAAGCAACGAGCCUCCUCUUUGGAGGACAACAAGAGCUACUCAAAGCGUGUUCAGAGCUACCAGAACAAGUUCACAGAGGAACUGGACAGGAUUAAAAAGCUUGUCGGGAGAGGAAGAGUCAAAAAGGCAUAUUCCACUGAACAGCUACCGCAAAAAGAGUCGCUGAUGACAAGCAAGUUGGAGCCCAUCCCUCCACAAGUGAUUAAAAAGCUGGAGGCACGGCGAGCUCUGGAAGGAACACAGGCCUGGGAGCCUGGUAGACCACCAACUCAAGUUCCUGAGAAAGUCGAGCCGAGGCCGAAGACAAAUUACUCAUCACAAGGAAGCACUGGGAAUAAUAGUGUUGCCAUGGAGACAACACUAGUUCCCCAGUUGCCAGGGCAACCAUUGACAACAGCCAAGACCAGACUCACCAGGGAAAGCACACAGAACUCUCCGAGGUCCCUCAGUCCAACAGGAAAAAGAGCGUCACUGGUCACAGUGAGGGAAACCGGCUCACAGUAUCCAGCCAAACCUCCGAGGCUCACCCCAUCACCCACGCCUUCCACCAGCCCGCACCUGAAGAGAAGGAAGGCCGUUCCUGCCAUCCUGGUGGAGGACGAAGCCGGAACGACCGGAUAUGAUGGAAGGAAAGAGGACAAACGCGGCAAAGGCGGGAUCGCUCACUCUGCAGAAGAGCCAUGCAUGAGCCCCGGAAGCCCCGCCCACCUUUUAGAUAAGGAGCACUUGAGCCUAAACGAGGAGGCGAUGGAACUCGAUGGGGGUGUCGACUUCAGGGAACCUCCCUAUUUCCAGGUGGCACCAUGCGACCAAUCAGUGACGGAGGGCCAAGAUGUUGUCGUCUCAGUGAAAGUCGCAGGGCAGCCGAAACCUUGUGUUCACUGGCUGAAGGACAACGUUUCAGUGAAGACGGCGGGACGCUUCUCCGUGCGGGAGACGGACGAUGGGUCCAGCGAGAUGAAAAUCAUCUCAGCAAAGAGGUCAGAUGCGGGGCUCUAUGUCUGCAAGGUCGUCAACCAGUGCGGGGUAAAGCAGGAGGAGUGCAGGGUGGAGGUCAAAGAAGCAGCACAGACCAACCUGAAAAUCAUCCAGGAGAUCAAAGACGUGUCAGUGCGGGGCGGCGAGUCGGCCAUGUUUGAGUGCCAUGUUACGGGGCCUGCAGACAUGGAUGUGGAUUGGCUGUCCAACGGAAGGCUGAUCCAGCCGGCAUUGCUCAACUGCAAGAUGCACUUUGACGGUCGGAGGUGCCGCCUGCUGCUGAAUUCUGUGCACGAAGAUGACAGUGGGACGUACACUUGCAAGCUGAGCACAGCUAAAGAGGAGCUGACCUCCAGUGCAAGUCUGAAGGUCACUCCCUCCAAGGAGCCGUUGUUCACUCGCAAGCUGGACAUCCUGGAGGUCAUCGCCGGUCGCACAGCCCGUUUUGACUGCAAGGUGAGCGGGUCACCGGCGCCACAAGUCACCUGGAUGCACUUUGAAACCAGAGUGGAGGAGAACGACAACGUGCGCAUUCUCAGCGAGGGAGGGCGGCACUCGCUCGUCAUCACCAACGUCAGCGGCGACACGGAGGGCUUCUACACGGCCGUGGCGCAGAACAUUCACGGGAAGUCUGAAUGCACCGCUGAGCUGUACAUGCAGGAGCACAGGGCCGCCAUCCCUUCUCACAUGUCCAAACUGGAGAAGAUGCCAUCCAUUCCAGAGGAGCCAGAACAUGUAGAGAGUGAAGUGGAGAAGAGAACCAUGCCGGACUUUGUCAAACCUCUGGCUGACUCGGAAGUCAUUGAAGGCAAAGAGGUUACUCUUCACUGCAAGGUGACAGGCCUGCCUUACCCAACCAUCACCUGGUACCACAACGGAAAGCGCAUUGAGAGCAGCGAGGAGCGCAAAAUGACUCAGUACAGGGAUGUCCACAGUCUGGUCAUGCAGAGUGCUUGUCACGCGGACGGUGGCGUCUACAAGGCCGUGAUCGCUAACAAACUGGGCAAAGCAGCCUGCUACGCACAUUUAUACGUCACAGAUAUCAUUCCAGAUCCACCUGACGGCCCGCCUGUCAUAGAAGGCAUCACAGGGAAAACUAUAAGCCUUAGCUGGAAGAGACCAAAGAAACUGGAUCCAUCUUAUGACCCUAGUUCCUUGCUAUACGUGCUCCAGCAGCAACCUCUGGGCUCCAUCCAGUGGUCCAUUGUGGCGGCCAAUCUGAAGGAGACCAGCUACACCGUCAACAGCCUAUCCAAAGGAGUCCGCUACGCUUUUAGGGUCCUGACGUCUACUGGAAAGACACUCAGCAAGCCUUCACCAUCUACCGAUCUGGUCCAGCUGCUGGACAGAGGACCCUAUUUGAGGAAAGCGCCGGUCAUCGUGGGAAAACCUGACAUCGUGUACGUGGUUGACAACCAACCCGUGAACAUUUCCAUCACCCUGAACCAUGUACAUGCUACUAUAACUUGGAAAAGGAGGGGCGUCCCCUUGGUCAACAAACCAGGGGUGUGCGAGAUGGGCAUGCCGGACGACGAUCAACACUCCCUGACGCUUCAGCGGGUCAAGACUUCAGACCUCGGCCAGCUGGUGGUGACGGCCAGCAACCAGUUUGGCAGCGACCUCUGCAUGCUGCAGCUCGCCACGGCAGUGCCGCCUAAGUUUGAAACAAUCAUGGAGGAUGUAGAUGUGGAAGCUGGAGGUACAUCCCAUCUGGCUGUUAUGGUUGAAGGGAAACCAGACCCAGACAUUUUGUGGUACAAGGACGGUGUUCUUCUCUCCGAGAGUAGCUGUUUCACUUUUGUUUACGAUGACCCGGAAUAUUCCCUCGUGAUCCUCAACGCCCGUCCCGAGCACUCUGGUGUGUAUACAUGCACUGCAAAAAACGUGGCCGGGUCCAACUCCUGCAAGGCUGAACUGACAGUUCACACAGAGCGAAAAGAGGCAGUAGAGCCAAUGGAAGACAAGGGAACCAUUCUCAGGAAGAUGCGACGCUUGACAGACUACUAUGACCUCCACAAGGAGAUUGGCAGGGGGGCCUUCUCUUACAUAAAACGGGCAACUGACAAGAAGGGAAAGAAGGAUUUUGCUGCCAAGUUCACAUCUGCACGUGGGAAAAGGAAAGCCUUGGCACUGCGAGAGAUGGAACUGCUGUCCCACCUGGACCAUGAGCGUAUCAUCUACUUCCAUGACGCCUUUGAGAAGAAGAACGUGGUGGUGCUCAUAACAGAAUUGUGUCACGAGGAGCUGCUGGAACGAAUCUCCCGAAGAACAACGGUCACAGAGCUGGAAAUUCGUGGAAGUGUUCAGCAGGUGUUAGAAGGCCUUCGUUACCUUCAUGAGAAAGACAUUGCCCACCUCGACAUCAAGCCAGAAAACAUUUUGAUGGCUGGUGCCGGCAGCGACCAGAUCCGCAUUUGUGACUUCGGCAACGCCAUCAGACUGGAGUCGCCCGAGGAGCACUACUGCAAGUACGGCACGCCAGAAUAUGUGAGCCCAGAGAUUGUGAACCAGACCCCCGUUUCCUCAGCGACUGACAUAUGGCCAGUUGGCGUCAUCACAUAUCUCUGCCUGACAGGAGUGUCACCGUUUGCCGGUGAAAAUGACAGAGCCACAGUAUUAAACAUUCGCAACUACAAUGUGGCCUUUGAGGAGAGCAUGUUCUCUGCCCUCUGCAAAGAGGCAAAGGGGUUCGUCAUCAAGCUCUUGGUGGUGGACCGCCUGAGGCCGAGUGCCACUGAGUGCCUCCGUCAUCCUUGGUUCAAGUCAGAAAGCAACAAUGGCAUCUGCACAGCAAGACUCAAGCAGGUUUUGUCUAGAAGGCGAUGGCAGCGCUCUCUCAUCAGUUACAAAUCCAAGAUGGUGAUGCGGACGAUCCCAGAGCUACUUAAUGACGCAUCGAGCCACGUCUCGAUUGCAGUGGCGUGGCAGUUAAAAGAUGGCUCACCGCCACCUUCCUCGUCCUCGGACUCUGAGGCAGAUGUGGAUGAGCUUCCCUUCAUUCCAAUGCCGAUAUCGAUGUUCUUCUCCGGUUCCAGAGUAUCCCUGAAUGAGAUCCCCGGGGAUGAAGACACAAGGAGAUCCUGUGGUGUUGCUGAUGGGACUAAGCAUGACCUAGACGCAACCAGUCUGGACGAGUUAAUUCAACCAACAAAACGACCUCCACUUAAAAAAGAAUCAAGCACGGAGUCGGAUGAAUCUGAGACAAAAGCCAGAAGAUCUACCAUGAGGCGAGGCAGCUCUGCUGACUCUGCACUGCUUCUCCACAUGGACUCAGAGGAGGACAAUGCCAAUGAGGAUACAGAAACAAGCAACAAAAGCCUGAAAAAAGCGGUUUCUCUUGAACUGCCAAACCGUAGCCCAAGCCCUGGGAUGACAAAAUUAAGCCAGGAGGAUUAUGCCUUGAAGCUGGAGCUCAUGAGACAACGGCUGCUCAGGGGAGGUAGCAUGGAUAAAAAGAUGAGUGGCCUGCGAGGGCCCUUGUUUGAAACACUUGGCAUGGAAGAUGAGAGACGGACAGGGUCUCUCGAGCACAAUAUGAGGAGAUCGAGAGCAGGGCCAGCCACACUCACAAGAGCUGCAUCCUCUGAGAAUGCUGGAGAGGACACGCCAAAGACCAAAGUUUUCCGGAAAAGCUCCUCCUUUACCCAAGGAGAUUCUGAGCCCAUGCCCCUCCAUCGCAGGUAUGGAGCACCCUUGGAGAUCCCAUCUGCGGGCAAUGGCAGCACUGAGUGGAAGAAGCUUCAGGAGGCAACAUCCAUGUCGGCACUAACAGGACAGAUGAUGCUGGAGUCAGCAUCCCCAACUGCGCACAACUCAUUUGUGUACCCAACACCAGGGGCAGUAGACCAAUGGCAAAAAUCAAAUGAUGAAGAAAAUAGGACCAACAAAGAAAAGGUAGAUGAAGUUGAAUCUGAGUUGAGAUUACCUUCAGUUAUUACUCCUAUCAUUGUGAUAGAAGAGGAUGAUGAAGAAGAGGACAAAGGAAAAAAAUAUCAGGACUUGCUUACCAAUGUAGACGAUAAAGAAACAUUGCAAACCUAUAAGCCAUCAUCUACAUACCAAAGGAGUGCAGAAGCUGUUGCAGUGUCAUCUGGAACAUCUGACCAGGUUCCUGUCAAAUCAAACGAAGGACCUGAGCCUAAAGAUAAUGUGUCAACAUCGAAACACUCGGCUGUGUUUGCAAAAGUGGCUACUGGAAACCGAUCCUGUGCUCCCAAUUCCUCGUCAAACCCAGAUAUUUCUGGCGUGCUCAGCUGCCCACAACUGAGAACAGAUAUCAAAGACAUUGACUCAGAGGAGGUCUUUGAGGCCAGAUUUAAGAAGCGGGAAUCAUCGUUGACUCGCGGCCUUAAAAAGCUAACCAGAAACAAGUCUGAGGAAGAAUCACCCAUACUAAACCGUAAGAUCGGCGGUGGAGGUGAGGAGGUUUACAGGCCAGGGCCAAGGGGAGCACCUCUUGAGAUGAUCUCCAAAGGGCUACAAGAGAAGUCCAAGUCAGUUCAAGACCUACGUGAAGAUAAGGACAAGGAACCAGGACUGGGCCUUAUCGGGAGGUUUUCAUUGCGGGGAAAGAGAUCAUCGUCCAUUGAUAAAAAAGGGGAGAAAUCGAAGGAUGUACAGGAAAGUGCAGUCACUAAGAGGGUUACUUGGGCGAUUGGUCGAAGUAAAUCUCUGGACACCAAGGAGCAAGAAGCUAGAGAGCAUAGAAAGGAUGAUGAGUCUGCAGUUUCUGCUGUGAGGCGCAAGUUUGAGUCCAAAGUGGCAGGAAUCUCUGCCAAACUAAGGACCCAAUCUGAGGACAGGAAGGAGAAACAUGCCGAGGGAAGCCAAAAAGAGUUGGAUUUGAAAAGGAUCACAGAUUCUUCCGUCCUUGCAAUGCGACAGAAGUUUGAGAAUAAAGUGGCAGGAAUUUCCACAAAGAUACGCAGUCAGUCAGAUGAGAGACAAGACAACACAGGAGGAAAGAGGACGCCCCUGUUCUCUCGCCAUCGCCACUCACACUCUGAGGGGCGUGGACUGCAAGGAAUGGGGGUGCCUGAGAAUCAGCUUGCAAAGCAGGUUGGCGUCGGCACGUCUAAGGAGUCGAUCGAAUCUGUUCCAAGUGUUCAUUCUGAGAAAGAGAAUGACCGGCGGUCUCGAUGGGACAGGUGGGGUCUGACUAAGAGCAAAAAAGACAAAACACCUUCUCAGACUGACAUUCUUUCACACACCCCAAAAGAAGAUGAAACCUCACACACAAAGAAGUUUGUCCGUUCCGCUUCGGAUUUCCCACCUGUGUUCCAUAUCAAACUCAAAGACCAAAUCCUGCUAGAGGGAGAGCAGGUCACGCUCUGCUGCCUCCCUGCUGGAAGUCCACUUCCCGACAUCUCAUGGAUGAAAGAUCGUAAAGCUCUGCUGGCGGAUGACCGAAUCAGUCUGAUCUCCCACCCGGAUGGCAGGCAACUUCUUACCAUCCUAAAGUGUAGCCCGAGGGAUGCUGGAGUGUACGAGUGCUUGGCUACAAAUCCUAUUGCUGCCAUCACCACCUCCUGUACACUGUCAAUAGCCUAUGUUCCCAAGCGACCAGGGACUCCUGAGGUCCCUCAGACGUACAACAACACUGCCCUGGUUCUUUGGAAGCCGGCAGACACCAAGCCUCCAUGCAGCUACACUCUGGAAAGAAAGACAGAAGGAGAUUCAACGUGGCAAACGGUAGCAACCGGAGUGCUUGACUGCUACUACAACGUGACGGACUUACCACAAGGUGACUUGUUUCGGUUCCGUGUGUCUUGCGUGAACAAGGCAGGACAGGGGCCACAUAGCAACUGUUCCGCUCCAGUCAGUUUGGACGACUCAGCAGCUCAGGAUGCUAUACCUGUAGUGGCUGUUGUUAAGACAGCAGACACACCUGAGCCUCCGGUGUCCCCCUCAUCUUUCUCCCCACUCAUACCCAUGAUGACUUUCACCGCCUCCACCACUACAAGUCCUGAAGAUGCACCCGUACCACUGAUGUCCCCUCCUCCUGCGGCAUUGCCAUCAUCUUCUGUGCCAUCAAUCCAGUUAGCUGUCUCGUCAUCUGCCGUCACAAACGCACCAUGUGCUCCAAAAAUAAGCUCUAAACAUCCCUCUAUGCCAUUUAUAGUGCCCAAGCCCCAGAGUCCAGUGAACAUUGUGUCUCCUAUGACCCAGACCCCUAUCACACUUGUAACUCCACCUUCAACCCCCACCAAACCAGUUUCACUAACCAGCACCACAGCUUCUGUGGCCACAUCUCCCGUCUCCUUUGCCCCUCAAGUAGUCCAAACAUCCAGUUUGAGCCCCAUCGGGGAAGGGAUCAGUACGCCCAACAGAGGCACCCCAUCCGGACGUGCUACGCCGUCUACGGCUCUGCGGCAAGGGGUUCCACAGAAACCGUACACCUUCCUGGAUGAGAAAUCCAGGGGUCGUUUUGGAGUCAUUCGGGAAUGCCGUGAGAAUGCCACAGGCAAAAUGUACAUGGCCAAGAUCAUCCCCUAUAGCCAGGAGAACAAACAGGAAGUGCUGAAGGAGUAUGAGAUCCUGAAAUCUCUGCACAAUGAAAAAGUUAUGGCUUUGCACGAGGCCUACGUCACACCGCGCUACGUUGUGCUGGUGGCAGAGUGCUGCACAGGCAAAGAGCUUCUGCAUAGCCUCAUCGACAGGUUUCGCUACUCUGAGGAUGAUGUGGUGGGUUACUUGGUCCAGAUCCUUCAGGGAGUCGAGUACCUCCACAACCGCAGGGUCCUCCACUUGGACUUGAAACCCGACAACAUUAUGGUGACAAACAUGAACGCCAUUAAGAUUGUAGACUUUGGGAGCGCUCAGAGCUUCAACCCGCUCAGUUUGAAGCAGCAGGACUCAGGAACAGGAACUCUGGACUACAUGGCUCCAGAGAUGGUGAAAGGUGAAGUGGUGGGGCCCCCAGCCGAUAUUUGGACUGUCGGUGUUGUUAUCUACAUUAUGCUCAGCGGCCGGCUGCCCUUUGAAGACAAAGACCCGCAGCAGGUUAAGUCCAAGAUCCUGAUGGCGAGGUUUGACCCAACAAGACUGUACCCCAACGUGUCCCAAAGUGCCUCUGCUUUUGUCAAGAAGAUGCUGAGCAGUUAUGCUUGGGCUCGCCCGACCACACGUGACUGCUUCACACACGCCUGGCUGCAGGACUCUUACCUGAUGAAGCUGAGGAGGCAGACCCUCACCUUCACCACAGGCACACUCAAGGAGUUCCUGGUGGAGCAGCAGUGUCGUCGCGCUGAGAUCUCCACCAGACACAAAGUGCAGCUGCGCACCUACCAGAGCGCACCCCAGUCCGUUCCUGGCCCCAAGUGAAACAAUUAAAGACGACUUGACUCACAAAUGAUGCAUUUAGUGUUCUUCAGCCUGCCGUGUCAGGUGCAGGGAGGAACCGCUGCAAAGGUUGGAAUCCAUGUGUACUUAUGUAGACUGUAGAAUUGUUUUCAUUCUGAAAUUGCUUCAGACAUCAUCAGCCUCCUUGGACAAAAAAGCACCACCCGUGACCGUACCGUGCUUUGAGCUGCUAACUUAUGUCUGCAUUGACGUCGACGUUACGCGUUAGAUUUAAAAACCAAAUCACGUUUCCUUAAACUGUUUACUUUUUUCAUGUUAAUUUAUUUGCAUGCACGUUGGAGCAUCUUUGAACUACUUUUUGAACAAAACAAACACAAAAAAGGAGUGUCUUAGUGGUUGCUGUUAAGGUAGGGUGCAGUUCGUGCGUCUGUAUUCCAAGCAGUGAGUCGUGUAGAUUGAAACAGUCUCGCCACGCUGGUGAAUUGCUGUGGUUCCUCAGUGUUACUCGUACGUGGUGAAAUCAUGGUUGCCCAGUCAGUGCCUAGAUUGGAGUCAAAUCCAAAGCAUCUGUGUUUUAAUGUGUCUCGAAUGCGGUUCAAAGUCACGUGACGAGUUAUUUGAACUAGCCUUUACAAGACGACAUGUGAACAGCCUCUCGCGGUAUCGAUAGCAUUUAAUAGUCCUGUGGUUUACUCUUUACUGCACUCCUUUUUCUCUUUCUAAUUGGACGGUUGAAGAUUUGUAAAUGUGCCAAUUUGCUGUGUUUAUAAGUGGGAAAUGUUGUUUUUUUCCAGAGAUAGUAUGCAAUAAAUUGUUGAUACAAUUUGAUUCUUGUGUCCCAGCAGUUGUGAUUGGAGCAACAAUAUGCUUUGCAUUUUACUUUGUUUAUCAUUUAGUUAUAAGUGGAAUGUCUUCCUACUUGGAGCAUAGAAAACGUGUUUACAACCUUCUUUGAACAUUAUUAGAGCUCUCCAGACAUGACAUAGCCCCCUAUAGUCACCUUUACACUCCUGUUCCCAAUACAGUAGACAUAAGAGAAAAUACAACACAUAAGACAUAAAACACUUGUUUACGACCUUCUAAAUACACUUUUUAACAUUAUUAGAGCCCUCAAGGCAUGAAAUAAAACCCUUAUAGUCACCUUUACACGCCUAUUAAUCAAUAUAGUAAGCAUAAUAAUAGAAAAUAAGACAUAGAACACCUGUUUACUACCUUCUAAAUACGCUUUUUAACAUUAUUACAGCCCUCUAGACAUGAAAUGUCUGUUUCUUUUUUGUUGUUUUGUUUUGUUGGGUCUAUUACCAUCUGGCAAAUGAACUGCCUUUCGGCUAACUCGGGUACAUUUACUUUCUGCAAAGUAAUGUUGAUUAAUGUA